GUCGUCGCCGUGGUAACAAAGCGCAAAACAUGAAGCGCAUAACCUGAAGAAAGACAGAAUCACGUACGAACGCAACUACUACGGAGUCUCUCCGCGCGAGAAUGUCCACGGAAAAUCGCGAGGAGUCCAUGCGAGAGGCUGCAUUACGACUCGCCACCGAGGAGGAAAACAAGCGAAAGACUGAUCCCAAUGAGACUCACGAACGAUCCAUUAUUAUCCUCGGCAGCAAGGGAGUUGGCAAGACAACGAUGGUGUAUCGAUUUCUCGAAAAGGAGGAAAGACCGAAGCCGACCGUAGCGAUGGAUUAUUCGUUCGGUCGUAAAACUGCCAAGAGUCUACAGGUGAAGAAUAUAGUGCACGUGUGGGAAGUGGGUCACUUGGCUUCUUCUUUGGUGUCGGUCGCGAUGACGGGAUCUACGCUAACGCAUUCUCCUCAUCACACGGUGUUAUUGAUGAUGUUGGAUUUAUCACGGCCAGGCGAGCUGUGGGCCUCCCUCGAGGAGACUCUCUCGGUAAUACGAAACGGCUUGAGGAUGAGUUACGACGCGGAUACCAUUCAGGAAUUGCGAGAAAGAAGGAUAUCGGACAGGAAGAGGGAUCUGGAGCGCGGAGUCGAUCCGUUUCCUAUAAGGAUAUGUAUCGUGGGGGGGCGAUACGAUGAAUUCAAGGAACUCGACUUGGGUGAGAAGGAACUGGUCGGCAAGACGCUGAGGGCUGUGGCUCACAGCUUGGGCGCGAGUCUUUACUACUACUCGUCCAAAGAUAAGAUCCUCGUGCGACGAAUUAAAGAUCUAUUAGCUCAUCACGGGUUCGGUUCGCCGUUUACCGAGGAAAAGUGCGCCGAUUAUGAGAAGCCAUUAAUGAUGCCGGCGGGCGCGGAUUCACUCGGACGGAUCGAUUUGCAGUUCCCCCAAAACCCGAGACCGUCGGCUAUUUUAGGUAGCGUCAAACAAAUCUACGAAUCCCGCAGUGUACCGCAAAUCUCGCGGAACGACGAGGCUUUACUGGAGGACCCCAGCAACGACCCCAACUUUAACGAGCCCAUUAUCGACAGACUGAGGACGCAGCGAGAAGAGGAAAUUAGCGUGCUGCUCAACGACAUGAUGGAAGGCCGCAUGCCGAAAAUUCCCGUACCCGAUCCGUUCUAAAAGGUACAUUCCUUCAUUCCUCGAUACCCUGUUGCCUUCCUAAAGGAGCAGAUAAGCGAAAACGAACUGCGAGAUUGGCAGUUACGACAGGACUGGAUUUAUGGCGAGCAAUAACACGCGAAGUUGGAAUAAACAACAGAUUUAAGCGCGAUUGUUGCGCCGUUAAAACAACAAGUGUGAUUCUUUAAAAGUUGAAAUGCAAUGGGAGAAAAUGUACAUAAAAUAUGCGCAAUAAAUUCUUCGCUGCAGCAAAUUGUC